AUGUCGUCCGAGGCCAAGGCUGUACCGGCCGAGGCUGCGCCCGCCAAGAAUUAUAAAGGCUUCGUCGCUGGUGUUUUCUCCGGUAUCGCAAAGCUUUCAGUCGGCCAUCCAUUCGACACAAUCAAGGUCCGCUUGCAGACAACCGACGCGUCGCGGUUCAACGGCCCGCUGCAAUGUCUGCUCCAGACCGUCCGUAACGAGGGGUUCGCCGGCCUCUACAAGGGCGCCACCCCUCCCCUCGUUGGCUGGAUGUUCAUGGACAGCGUCAUGCUCGGAAGCCUGACAGUCUACCGCCGGCUCCUACGCGAACACGUCUUCAGCACCCCGUUGUCGUCACGUGAUGCAUCCAUCCCCGUGUCUAUGGUCGCCGACACGCUGCCGGCGUACGGCCACGGCAUAGCGGGAAUCCUGGCUGGUUCGACCGUAAGCUUCAUCGCGGCGCCGGUGGAGCACGUCAAGGCCCGCCUGCAGAUUCAGUACGCGGCCAAAAAGUCGGACAGGCUUUACGCGGGGCCCAUCGACUGCAUCAAGAAGAUCUACCGCCACCACGGCAUCCCGGGCCUGUACCACGGCCUCGGUGCGACAUUGCUGUUCCGGUCCUUCUUCUUCUUCUGGUGGGGCAGCUACGACCUCCUGUCGCAGUGGAUGAGGGAGAACACUGCGAUGAGCACACCGGCCGUCAACUUUUGGGCCGGAGGCCUGAGUGCUCAGGUAUUUUGGAUGACCAGCUACCCCAGUGAUGUUGUCAAGCAGCGCAUCAUGACGGAUCCGCUGGGCGGCGGGCUUGGAGACGGUACGCCAAGGUUCAAGAGUUGGCGGGAUGCUGCUGUCACCAUUUACAGGGAGAAGGGGCCUACGGGUUACUGGAGAGGUUUCCUGCCUUGCUUCUUGCGAGCCUUUCCAGCCAACGCAAUGGCAUUGGUGGCAUUUGAGGGUGUUAUGAGGUCCUUGCCCUAG